AUGUCAUCCGAAGCACCGUGGCACGCAGCCUUUCCUGCUCCCAAGAGCGUUGCGCCCUCCAUCUCGCGAGAGGAGUUUUUGCAAUGGAUUCGAGAGGGCAAACAGACUGGCAAGGACUUUGUGCUCAUUGACUUACGACGAAAUGACUACGAGGGUGGCACAAUUCAAGGAUCAUUGAACCUGCCUGCUCAGAGCCUAUACCCCACCAUUCCGACUUUAUACUCUCUCGUGUCGAACAGUAGUGCGAAGUCUGUGAUUUGGUAUUGUGGAUCUUCUGCAGGCCGAGGUACUCGCGCAGCGGGAUGGUUUGCUGAUUAUCUUGAGGCGAAGAAUGAUACGGAGAUCAAGAGUUUGGUACUUACAGGGGGUAUUAAAGGAUGGGCUGCAGCUGGAACGGAAUAUAUCGCCUUGAUGGAUGGCUAUGACGCUUCGGUUUGGACAAAGUAG